UGGUAUAUACUAGUGAAAUUGAAUAUCAACAACUGACAUAUUCAUGUACUGUAGUCUUUAAUUCUUUAGUUUAGGCCCUCAGAAACAAAGAUGUCAUAUGUUGGACACCUGUUGACCGAAUGUGAAUUAAAUGCCAUAAAAUCAAUAAUGUUUAUAUUUAAAUCCCAUUCUGUAUGUCAGUUUCAUUGCUUUUUCUGCUGUUAAUUUGGUUUAAAGUUAAUGAGUUGGAAAGAGUGAAUGGCACUUUUUUAAAUUCUGGGCUCACUUUUAAGCUCCACCUACACUCACAACUCUCAGGGGUCUUAAACUUAAGUUUAUCACUGAUAUAGUGAAAAAGAGAGGGAGAAAGAGAGAGGGAAAGAUAGCCCAGCAUUAAUAACACUGUUUGUAAAUAUUCUGAAUUUAACACUAAAUCCUGGGCUCCUGUCUUUUGGCUUUUGCACAUGCAAAAUCAUUUUGGACAAACAAAAGGUCAUAUAUUGGCCUCUUCUAAAGACAUUAUAAAAUAGGUCUAUAAUAAAUGCUAAAACGGCAAAUUGAAUGGCUGUGACUCAAGCCGUACUGCCUUCGUUUAGUUCGUUUUCAAACUUCAGCACCGCCUCUGAAAAUAUGAAGGCUUGGAAGUUUGAAAAUGGCUUAUUGGAUUUGGACUUCAAGCAUUGUGGCAGUUAUGAGCCUUCACAGUGUCUGACAGAUGAUGGAUGCUUGGAUUUUCUGCUGUCUGAUUGGGGCAGCACAUCACCUGAACGGUCCACUACACAAAACUACACUUCCCAAAGUACACCACCAUUGCAGGACCACAUUCACACUCCGGAUCUCUACCAGGUUCAGGACUUGAGUGGUCAAAAGGACCAGGCAAGGCUAAACAGACCCCAAGUUUCCAUUACAAGUUCACUAGCUGAGCUACUUCCUCAUGACGGAUCUUUAAGUUCCUCAAUGCCAGACCUUUUUAAUGGAGGAUAUCUGGAGCAGCAACAAACUGGGAAAUCAAUCUCUUUAGCAGAAAACCCCCAACAGUUUAGUUUCCCUCUCGCAAAUAAUAUGGACAGAGCAAGCAAAAGAGAAAACAUGAGGAAGAUGCAGUCAUGGGAUUUUGGACACUACACUCAGCCUGCACCUCUGAUACCCUUCCCAGAUUCCAAAUUUGUCCAGACGUCUGGGAUCGGCAUGGACGCGUUGGUCUUUCCUCCACGCCAUCACCAUGACUUUAUCCAUAACUACUCCCACCCAAGGCUCUACCAACAGCAAGUGCACUACGCCCACACCCAGCCAGCCAGUCACUAUCCCUCCACACAGAGCAUGCUACCUGACUCCACAGUGCCCCCUGUAGAUCUGGAGGGGAAGCGCAUCCGGAGGGGGGCGUUGAGGAAGAAAGUCCCAGUACACAUGUGUGCAUAUCCUGGCUGCAACAAGACUUACACUAAGAGCUCCCACCUCAAAGCGCACCUCCGUACACACACAGGAGAAAAGCCAUAUCACUGCACAUGGGAUGGUUGCGGGUGGAAGUUUGCCCGUUCAGACGAGCUGACGAGACACUUUCGAAAACACACAGGACUGAAGCCGUAUGAGUGUGUGGUCUGCCAUAGAGCCUUCAGUCGGUCCGAUCAUUUGGCACUACACAUGAAGAGACAUGUCUGAGAGCAGGGCGCGCACACACACACGUUUCCUCGGCUAUCUAAAUCGGGACACACCAUAGACUUCUAUUGUUUUUAUACAACUAAUUUUGAUUACUAUACACUAACCCUAACCCAUCUUAUAAUAAUAAUUUAAAAAAAUAUUAUUUACUCUAUUUAUUAAUUGUUUUAACAAUUGAAGAUGUUACUGGAUGACCCCAAAUAAUUAUUAUUAUUAUUUUAAGAUUUAGCUUACUUCUGGAGAAUUUAAUUCCCAAAUUAAAGCUAAGUAAACAUGUACACAAGACAGUGACAUACAAACACAAAUGCAUAUACACAGAUGCAUACAUUUAAUAGUCUUUGAGAGGACCUGUGUUCAGGUGAGGUGCUGAACAGUCUUUAUCCAUGAAAAGUAACUGAAAUGUACAUACUGUAUAUAAUAAAUGGAAUGAGUAUGUUGUGUGAAUUGCCAAAGGAAUUAACUCCUCUAGAUUCUCAAAGAUAAACAGCUCCAAAAUUGUAAUUACAUACAGUUCAAUCAUCAGACUUAUUUUCAAUCUGGACCCUUUAGCUAAACUGUAUGAUUUAGGAAACGGUAAUAAAAUAAAUUAUGUGUCACAAUUAGGAUUAGCUCAUGUACAUAAAUAUGCAAGAAAUAUAGGCCUAUAUAGCUUUAAGUGUGAUUAGAAAAGAAAAUUGUUGUUUUUCAGGUCAAUAUUUACAAUCUACACAAAUAAAACUGCAGAGAGCACAUUGUAUAAACCACAUGGUAUAAUUAGCAUUUUACAUUUCUAAUGAACAUUCUAUUAUUUUAUGAUAGUGUUGUUCUAUUUUCAGUCUUUAAAGUUUUAUUUAUUUUCCAUAUUCCUGAUUGUGUGGACACAAUGUUUCAUUUUAGAUAAACAAAUGUCAUUAAGUGUUUAGGUGUUAUAGGCAUUUUGCCAUUUUGCUAUUUAUAUCAAGAGAAAAAUAAAUAUAUUAUGCUAGAGUUAAUUUAAAUGUUUUGAGUGUAUUUCAAGAUCCAUUUUGUAUUUUAUAAAUGUUUUUAUCAUCUAUAGCUUAUGAAAUUCUGUCCUUUCUGAAAGUCUCAUUUCUAACCAAUAGAUGGCAAACUAAUGCAAACCACCCUCUCUGUCACCUUAACAACUGCUCCAGCACAUUGAAUAAAGCUAAAUUUGAAUCA